AUUAAAGAGGUUUACCUCUACACAGAUACACGCGAAUAAUAUCAUGGCAACGCGUUUUUUUUAAAACGUUCCAUUUUUAAAAUGUGGCGCGAAAUUGUAUAUACUUUUUCAAUGUUAUGAAAUUUGGAAUGUCAAAUCGAACUGUGAUUUUGUGUUUUUAUUCAUAUAAGCAGUAAUAAGUGUUUUUAUAUAGAUAGGAUAUAAUUAUUUAUGCGUUAAUAAUGGCAGACGUAGAAACUGGCUUGCCUAGUGUAUCGAGUGUUGAAAGAAGGUGUAGUUUUCAUUUGUUUGUUAGGACCGCCUAUCAUUUGUUAUAUUUUUUGGGGCAUAAUGCAGUCUUGUGCUGGGCCAUGUACAUAUGGUAUAAAAUUGGUGACGCAUCCACGAAGCACCCAGUAAUACAGAAUCUAAAAUACUUGGCGCCUGCUUUUUUCACUAAUUGGAAUUUUACUUUCCAGACGGUAUUCCUCGGCCUGUCGCUACUGUACGAUCUGCUGGAGUGGUUUGAUAAGCACACUGGCAAUGUGGCGGUCAAGAUCAGGUACUGGCGAGAUGUCCUCUUCUGCAGUGCUGUGGUGCCUUUUACUUUGUUUGUCACUUCAAUGUUUUGGUCAGUCUACGCGAUCGACAGAGAGCUGGUGUUCCCAACUAUUUACGAUGAGGUGGUACCCUGGUGGUUCAACCACUGCGUCCACACCAAUAUAGUGGUGGUGCUUCUGCUGGAGACCCUACUCCAAGCGAGGAGGAAGCCCACCGAUGAGAAGGUGGAACAGACUAUCUAUUGGGGUGUGGCGUUCGCGUAUGCUGUUGUCUACUACACGAUCUAUUUCGCGACGCACAGAUGGUUAUACCAAGUGUUCGGCGUCAUGACCUGGUGGCAGGUCUGCAUCUACCAGAUAUUCAUCUGGGGCAUUUCCUAUGUCUUCUACUUACUCCAGUUCCCCAUCAACCGGCUGAUCCACGGCCAAGAAGAAGAGAAGAGUUUAGAGCAGAAAGAGGACACUGCGAACAGCGUGGCGCAGAAGAGUGAUACAGGUAAGGUCAUCACGGACCUCAAGGCGCCGCCAUUUUCCACAAGGUCGUGGAGCUUGAAGUUUCGCAGUUUGCGCAAUCAGUUCGAAACGUCGCGGCUGUAGGGCGGGAAACGCGGCGUUUUUCAUGAUGUGUUUAGAUAUUUCGAUAGAUGUUUUUGUGAAAGUCAAUAUUGAUGAUAUGAUUGGUGGAGUUUCUGAGAGAUCUUUCUUUACCAUUUAAAAAAAAACAACAAUAUUUUUGAAUAAUAUCAGUGUAUUAUGAAUGUAGAUUGCAGGAUAUAGUGAUUAUAAACGGCAAAAACGAUUUGGAUGUAAUUUGGUACAGAGAUAGAUUGAGAUCGGAGAAAGGACAAAGAAUAAAUAACCUCUGAUCGUUUCUAAGAAGACCUAAAGAUUUCAUCGAAUAAUAAAUCAUAAAUAAUAUCAAUAAAAAAAAUGUAGGAAAUAAAAGUUACUUGGACUUAGACAAUAAUUAAUAUUGACGUUUAAAUCAAAAAUCAUAUGUUAAAGCUUUAAUGUGAUAUCAAAAGCUUUAUAUAUUAUCACAUAGCUUUAUAUAUAUGGCAAUUUUUUAAAUAUCUAUGAAAUAAAAUAAAUAUUUUAACUAUUAUUAACGUAGCUCUUAUAAUCAAUUAUAUUUUUUGUAACAUGGGGUCACCGUGGCGUCUUAAAGCGAUGAUAAUUCAAGUGUGGGAAAGAGACAGAGCUAUAUAAGUCGUCUAGCACUGUCACCUUCCCACACCGGAAUUAAUACUGCAUUAAAACGUCACGGUUCAGAACAAUAAAUAGAUGUAUUUUAUAUGGAUAAAUGGAUGAAAAAACGCCGCGUUUUAAUCGUUAUUUAAUAAGGCUUAUGGUAAUAGAAAAUUAUAUUUGUUGUAUCAAUGAAUAAUUAUAGUAUUGGAUUGUAUAAACAGAAAUUUAUUUAUGCCCCUCUAUAUAAACAAUUCCCUUUCCUUAUACAUAAUUUAACAUUAAUUUAAAUGAAAACUUAGGUAA